AUUAAAAAUUAAUCGAAUAUUUUUGAAGAUAAUCGAUUAACUCGAUUAAUCGAGAAGUAAUCGGACAUCACUACUAGUGUCAAAUCAAACGCAAUGUUUUUAUUAUUUUUGUGAUUGUUUUGUGGUGAUACCGGUUCGUAAAUUAUCGCUGUUGGUUGUGUAAUUUGUCAUCUAAUCCAGUACAAAAUGCCGGUCGACAUAUUGGGCUACGCCUAUGCCGCUACAGUUGCUGCUGGCGGAAUUAUGGGCUACGUAAAAGCUGCCUCUGUUCCGUCACUAGCUGCGGGUGUUACCUUCGGGAUAAUCCUUGGAUACGGUGCAUUUUUGACAUCGCAGCAACCUCCACGACCAUUACUGCAGGUCGGAACAUCGCUGGUACUGGCAGGAAUGAUGGGCUCACGGUGGGCUCGAUCGGGUAAAUUUGUUCCACCGGGAAUUGUGUGCGUGAUUUCCUGUGCUAUGCUUGCCCGGGGAUUAUUGUUUCACAACCGUUACCUACCGUUGAUUGGAAAAACUGAUUAGACGGAAGGAGAUCGGUGUAAAACGGUGUGGAACAAUUGAAACGGUGAUGGUAUUUUUGUAGUUCAUAAGUCAUCGAAACAUGAUUCGAUAUGAGUAAAGUUCUUUAUACUAAAAUACAA